AUCGAAUCUUUUUCCAUCCUGUUUAUUCGUGCUUUCCAUCGCUAUCCGACCGCCUCAGAGUGCAGGGAAUUGUCCCGAGCAGUAGGGUUAGCGCCUUAGUGGUGGGGGUUUAUACAGUGUGGCUGCGUUAUUUGGGUGUAUGAAAGGAGUAGUCGCAGGCCGCUCUGCUUGUUGUGUGUCUGAGAAAAGUACUUAGCGUUGGGCGUUACUUGUGUCCUUCCCCAGGUCACUUCAUCUGUAGUGUCCGCAGAAUUGCCACGGCGAUCUGAAAGGGGCCAGUGAAAAUGGCUCGUGGACCGAAAAAGCACUUGAAGCGUGUUGCUGCGCCAAAACAUUGGAUGUUGGACAAGUUGACUGGUGUCUUUGCUCCUCGUCCAUCCACUGGUCCCCACAAGCUCAGAGAGUGUCUGCCCCUGAUCAUCUUCCUUAGGAACCGACUUAAGUAUGCAUUGACUGGGGACGAGGUGAAGAAGAUUUGCAUGCAGCGCUUUAUUAAAAUUGACGGCAAGGUCCGCACAGACAUCACAUAUCCUGCAGGCUUCAUGGAUGUCAUCAGUAUUGAAAAGACUGGUGAACACUUCCGUCUGGUGUAUGAUACCAAGGGCCGAUUUGCAGUGCAUAGAAUUACAGCUGAAGAGGCAAAGUACAAAUUGUGCAAGGUGAGGAAGACAUGGGUGGGAACCAAAGGAAUCCCUCAUCUGGUUACCCACGAUGCACGCACAAUCCGCUACCCUGAUCCUUUGAUAAAGGUCAAUGAUACCAUCCAGAUUGACCUGGAAACUGGAAAGAUCACAGACUUCAUUAAGUUUGAUACUGGUAACCUUUGCAUGGUGACUGGAGGAGCCAACUUGGGGCGAAUUGGAGUCAUCACCAACAGGGAGAGGCACCCAGGCUCAUUUGAUGUGGUCCAUGUCAAGGAUGCAAAUGGCAACAACUUUGCCACUAGGCUAUCCAACAUUUUUGUCAUUGGCAAAGGUAACAAACCCUGGAUCUCCUUGCCUCGUGGAAAGGGUAUCCGUCUCACCAUUGCUGAAGAGAGAGACAAGAGACUGGCAGCCAAACAGAGCAGCGGUUAAUCUCCCCACAUCACACCUUCCUUUAAAAUAAAAAAUCUUUGAAAACC